AUGAACUAUCAUUCAAACCCCCAAAAAGCUGGUCCGUCCAAACCCACACUUCCAAUCACAUACGAUGCGAACAUGAAUCCUCGUAAUGUGUUCUUGCUUGAUGGUGAGCAUCUCCAGCACACUAUUCAGAACCUAUCUCCUGCUUAUGUUGACUCAAGACCCAUCAAAUUAACCACUACUUCUUUAGGUAAAACACCAGCUUCUGUUCAGGAACGAUUAGCCGCGGUUUUAGAGGACAAUCGCCGACGCAAAGAAGCGAAAGAAUCAAAAGAAGCAGAGUACGCAUACCAGUUCCACCAGAGCAGUGCAUCACACACAAAUCUACCUGGUCAUUGGAUUCCAAAUCAAGACAACUUGGCUCAACCUUUUGCUCAGCAUCAAGAGACUGAGUCUAACUAUUUCAACAUUGACCAAAACUUGCAACCGGAGGGAAAUCAUCUCGAAAAUUCUCAUCGGAGCCUCGUGAUGGGGCGGAGUGUGAACGAUUAUUCACAUUUUUUAUCCAAUGUCAACUUUGUGCAGCGAGGUGGGGAUGACAUGGCUGGACAACAUGUUCUUACUGAAAAGACCUACAAAAACAUAGCAUAUAACCAGUCUGUACAGCUAGAAGAUCCAAAUGUCAGCCCUAUUUUUGGACAAGCGACAGGACGUAGAUCAGUAUCACAUCGAGAUACGGACCUAGAUACUCAUGGGCCCCAAACUCUCACAGGAAAAGUUGAGAUUCCUACAACUCCCCCUACCAACCUGAUUAGUCCGAGUGUUCCAAAUUAUUCCCAGGCUCAAUAUCCUUCUUUUGAAAGGAAAAGAAGACCUCGUAACGGAGGACAUAUAUGGAGAAACUAUAAUCAUUUUUCCGGAUCCCGACAGCAACGAGCAUGCCACCAAUCUUUCUAUCAGCAAAGUGCAAGGCCCCAAUACGUGGAGAAUGGUAGACGUACCAAUGUAUAUGAUCCGGUAGCUCUAAACGACGAAGAAGCUUGGGCAAAACGAAGAUACGAAACUGGACAAAUCUCUCCUCUGCCCAAUUACUUCACUCACUCUACAACAUUCAGCGAGUCUCAUUCUGGUAGCGUUACUCCCACCCGCACCCCUCUCCAGGGCACAAAUCAUGAUAUUCAAACCACAACUUUUCCACCAGCAACCCAUUAUCCCUCCGAUGCGACACAUCAGUUCGACAACCGAACCCAAAUUUAUGACCCCCACACCAUAACCUCGAUGAAUUCCGAACUCGACCUCCCCCCCUUCGUCGAUCCCUAUGCCUCUCAAUUCAGUGUUGCCCCCUCCCGCAAACUCCAACGACGAAACAAUUCAUUCGUCCCCUCAGAAGAAGACUCUCAGACUUCAUCUGGAAACUACAAAGGUAAUCCGCGGGCCGGCAUCCGCGGACUCUCCGAUCAUCUCAAUUGCGCCCUCUGGCUCACCAAUCUCGCCGCCGACAUCCAAGCCCACGAAGUCUUCGACGAAAUCCAUACCGGUGCCGUCACCGCCUUCGAAAUCACUCGUCCGCAGGGAGAAUAUGUUAUGUCUGCCGCAAAACUCGUCUUCAAGUAUCCUGAAGCAGCUGCGCGGUUCAAAGACCAAUGCGAAAGUGAAGAGGGAAUUGUUCUUCGCGGACGCAGAGUCAACGCACGUUACAACACAUUCGGAUAUUGUCAAUAUAAGAGCGAAGAUAAAACUCGUAUGAUAUCAAUCGAGGGUCCGAGUCGUUAUGUGGUAUAUGAUCAUUUCAAGGUGUUUUUCGAAACUUUUUGUGAUCAUGAGUUGUCGGGCUGGGAAUACGUUGAGGCGGCUGUGAAAGGAAACCGAAAGAUGCUUAUUGGAUUUGCGAGAAUCAAUGGUCAGGCGACGCAGUGUUUGGAGGCGUUGCAGAUGCACCCUGUUUAUGGAGAACAUUUGAUUGUGCAGUAUGCCCCGGACCCUUGUGCGAAGGAUUUUCCGUAA